CCAGGAAGUGACGGCCGCCUCCCGGCUACCGGGGACUUCUGGAGUCCGAGAAGUCAGCGGCGCGGUUGCUGCGGCCGCCGCGCUCCCCGGCCCGAGGCGAUGGAGAACGGAGCGGUGUACAGCCCCACUACGGAGGAGGACCCGGGCCCCGCCAGAGGCCCCCGGAGCGGCCUCGCUGCCUACUUUUUCAUGGGCCGGCUCCCAUUGCUCCGGCGCGUUCUCAAGGGCUUGCAGCUGUUGCUGUCUCUGCUGGCCUUCAUCUGUGAAGAAGUUGUAUCACAAUGUACUUUAUGUGGAGGACUUUAUUUUUUUGAGUUUGUAAGCUGCAGUGCCUUUCUUCUGAGUCUCCUUAUACUGAUUGUGUAUUGCACUCCAUUUUAUGAGAGAGUUGAUAACACAAAAGUAAAAUCAUCGGAUUUUUAUAUUACUUUGGGAACAGGAUGUGUGUUUUUGUUGGCAUCCAUCAUUUUUGUUUCCACACAUGACAGGACUUCAGCUGAGAUUGCUGCAAUUGUGUUUGGAUUUAUAGCAAGUUUUAUGUUCCUACUUGACUUUGUCACUAUGCUGUAUGAAAAACGACAGGAGUCCCAGCUGAGAAAACCUGAAAAUACCACUAGGGCUGAAGCCCUCACUGAGCCACUUAAUGCCUAAAGACUCUGGGGAGCAGAUGUUACCUAAGGUAGUGACCCUGCAUUGUGGUGCCUGAGCCCUGGCAGAAGCUCUUGUAAAAUUUGUUGUUUAAACCACUUCUUUUGGAGAGCAAGGGGAAGGUCAAGAAGGCAGUUUUAUCAAUAUUGUGUCAGUCACCACAAAGUAGGCCAGAUAAGUUAAAAAAAUUUUUUUUUUAAAUAAUAAUUGAAACUUAUCUCAAAUGGAGAUUUUGGUGGGAGGAGGAGAAAACAAUUGUUUUUAAAUCACACAGCUCAACGGUUGAUAAAUGAUUCUGUCAUUCUGUUACAGGUCAUUCUUUUACUAGGCUUAGCUUCCAAAUUAUGCUUUAUAGCUGUAUAAACAUCGUGAUUAUAUUCAUCUACUUAGAAAUUGUUUUAUUUUUAAAUUAAUUUGCUUAGCUGUUUGUUUUGAUGCUUAGAUUAUGUUCUGUUAAUGGGAAUUUAACAUAUUUAAGAAACCAAUAUUUAAAAUGUUGGUCUAGGUUUUUUUCCUUAACAUAUAUUACCAGGCUUUACUGUAUUUCACUCAGCCUUAAAUGUUAUAAUAUUUUUGGAUAACGGUUAUUAAUUCUUUGAGACCUUCGUAUAGCCUAUAAAAUGUAUGGGAGAUGUUGGUAUUUUAUGUGUAUAAAAGCAACAAUAUCAGCAACUUCGUGUUUAUACUGCACCUUGGUUGAUGUCAAGUAAAAAAAAGAUUGUUUUGUAACACAUAAAAAAAUGGAAGAAACUGAUACCACACCUAAGGACCAAAGAUAAGAAAGACUUUUUGCCCAAGACAGUGAAAGUAAUUAUAAAAACAAGCUUUGACCACUUACCAAGUAUCUGAAGAGAUGAGUUCAUACUAUGAUUUAGAAAGUGGUUCAAUUCCCCUGUUGGCAUAUGAUUAUUUUUACUAAAAUGAAUACAGCUCUGUGGGUCUUCCUUAGUGUUUUCUUUGAAGCCAAUCUGUUUUUUUUAGGGCCCCAGCCUUUGGUUUUUCAUCUGUUCAAGAUGCCUCUUCUCUGUCUCCUUAUCAGAUAGAAAUGGAGUCAUGUGCUGCUACUUCAUCUAGCAGAGGUUGGCCUCUGGCUCUGACAGUUUUUGUCAGUUGUCUUUAGGUGGUCCUGAAUCUUGGGCCCUUUUGAUUGUGAAUACUGUGUAGCAGGAUCUUGAGAGUCCUUGUUCUUACAUAGGCAUUGCUCUAGUUUGUCUUUGGCAAAAAAAAAAAAAAAAAAAAAAAAAGUAAA